AACCACUGGCUACUCCUCUGAAUCAACUUCAGCCUCCUACAACACCGUUUACCUCCACACUUCAGCCUCCUCUUGCUCUCUCUGGUUUAUAGCAACCUCUUUCAAGCAUCUUUAAAGAGGCUAAACUUGUCACUUCACUAAAAAAUCUCUAAAACAGCUGCUGCAUCGUAGCUGUGUCCCUUACCGCUAUGGCGGACCAAGCUGCCCCACCUCGAGCCAGAGAGCCUUCCUUCUCCGACGACAGUCCUGUCACCUUCACCGUCAAGGCUUCCAAUGAUGCCAAAUAUACCAUAACCCUGACCCUCUCCACAACCGUUCGCGAACUGAAGGAACGCCUCUCCGGUCCCAACUAUGCCGACCUACCCGUCGAACGACAACGGCUCAUCUACUCAGGCCGUGUGCUGAAAGACCCCGACACACUUGGAAGCUACAAGGUCAAAGAAGGAAACACGAUCCACUUGGUUAAAGGUGCGGCUAGCAACCAACGACAGAACCCUGCCAACCAGGGCGGCACUGCAAGCUCCACGGCGCCUGGUAGCUCAGCCGCUGCGGGUGUCCCCACAAACCUGGCGGCUGGUACAGGAAACAAUCCUUUAGCGGGCCUUACGGGCGCACGAUAUGCCGGACACAUUCAACUGCCUGGAGCAGAUAUGUUUGGUCCAGAUGGAGGUAUGGGACCUCCGCCCGACCCAGAACAGAUGCUUUCAAUGCUCGAAAACCCACAAUUUGCUUCUAUGAUGAAUGAGGCCCUGCAGAACCCGCAAGUCAUUGAUAUGAUGAUUCAGCAAAAUCCAAUGCUACGGAACAUGGCCCCCAACGUACGGCAAAUGAUGCAAUCUCCGGAAUUCCGCCGAAUGAUGACUGACCCGGACACAAUUCGCCGAAUGACACAACUACGACGCGACUUGGGCAUGGGCGGACUCGGGGGCAUGGGCGGGCCCAGCGGUGACAGCAGCUUUCCUAUGCCUGGCGUAACAAACACGACAGAGGCUCCCCGUGACGGCGCUGCUACUGGCGCCGGUAGCACCGCGACUCCCAGCCAGACUGACACAACGGGCAACACACAAGCACAACAGAACCCGUUCGCCUCCUUGUUUGGCAAUUUGGGCGACACAGGCAAUGCCGGAGCACCGGCGAACCCGUUCGCUGCUCUCCUUAACCCUAACAAUCCUCUGCUGAACCCCAUGUUUGCCGGCACAACACCAGCUGGCACGCCACCUCCAGCUGCAUCUGCUGGUCAAGGCACACCUGCUCCACAGGAAGGCCAGCCGCCACCAAACCCAUUCGCUGCACUCUUCAACCCCGCAAUGUUCGGCGGCCAGCCGCCCACCAACCAGGGCGCCGGAUCGACGACAUCAUCCGAUCAACAACAGUCUAAUCCCUUCAACAACCCCUUUAUCAACUCUCUGAUGCAAAAUCCACAAGCUAUGCAACAAAUGAUGCAAGCAUUUGGCGGCGGCGCUGGUGCAGGCGGAGCGAACCCAUUCAAUCCAUUCGGCGCCAUGGGCGACACCCCCAGCAACCCCCCAGAUACCCGGCCGCCAGAGGAACGGUACGCAGAGCAACUGCGCCAGCUCAACGAGAUGGGAUUUUACGAGUUUGAGCGCAACGUGGAAGCAUUACGCAGGGCAGGCGGAAGUGUGCAAGGGGCAGUAGAGUACUUGUUGACGCAUUAGAGAAGAUGAUGACGAUGAAUGACGAGCGACUGUGUUGUUUUUGCUGUUCAUGGGAUUAUUUGACACUUAUCCGAAGAUGUUUAUAUGACUCCUUUUCCAUUCUCCCACCUGCCUCGGCCUUUUUUUUCUUUCUCCUCUUCUUUGCUUCUCAUAAUACCGCCAAUAGCCAAAACAAGUAAAGCAAAAUGUCAUCAAUUAGCUUCAAUUUCUUUUUGACGGAAUGUGCUUCUUUUUCCCUUGCAAUAGCUCGCCCUGGCGCUAGUGGAAUCUCGGGUGUCCCACGACUGCGAAUCUUGUUCAUGCAUUUAGGGUGCUUGUCCUUGCA